UUUGGGGGAGGGAGAAACCCUGGCCAGGAAGGAGGAAGACGGUGUGCUGUUGUUCAGGGUGACGCUUUCUUUUCACUCCGCCUCUCUCCCUAGCAGGCUGUGGGCCUGAGGGUCACGCAUACGAGUGGAAGUCAUGGCGCUGGCCUCGCGACUGUGGCGCUUUCUUUGCUUGGGACGUGGGGCUCCUGGGCCUCGAUUCCCCCCGAGGACUCCGGGCGGUCUUAGGCAGUGCGGCCUCCGGCCACUCAGCUGCUCAGAGGUGAUAGGAAACCCAGGAACUUUCAAAGGAGGCCUUUUAUUCUCAACCUUGUCUUAUUUGGGUUUUGAAACUUACCAAGUCAUUUCUCAGGCUGCUGUAGUUCAUGCCACAGCCAAAGUUGAAGAGAUCCUUGAACAAGCAGACUACCUGUAUGAAAGUGGAGAAACAGAAAAACUUUAUGAAUUGCUAACUCAGUACAAGGAAAGCGAAGAUGCACAAUUACUGUGGCGUUUGGCACGGGCGUCUCAUGAUAGAGCGCAGCUCAGCAGGACUUCAGAGGAGGAGAAGAAGCUUCUUGUGUACGAAGCCCUUGAGUACGCAAAGAGAGCACUGGAAAGAGAUGAGUUGAGCUUCGCUGCCCAUAAGUGGUAUGCAAUCUGCAUUAGUGAUGUUGGAGAUUAUGAAGGCAUCAAGGUUAAAAUUGCAAAUGCCUACAUUAUCAAGGAGCAUUUUGAGAAAGCAAUUGAACUGAACCCUAAAGAUGCCACUUCAAUUCACCUUAUGGGUAUUUGGUGCUAUACUUUUGCUGAAAUGCCUUGGUAUCAAAGAAGAAUUGCUAAAGUGCUAUUUGCAACUCCUCCUAGUUCCACCUAUGAGGAGGCCUUGGGCUACUUUCACAGAGCUGAACAAGUGGAUCCAAACUUCUACAGCAAAAACUUGCUUCUUUUAGGAAAGACAUAUUUGAAGCUAAACAACAAAAAGCUUGCUGCUUUAUGGCUAAUGAAAGCCAGGGACUAUCCAGCACACACAGAAGAAGAUAAACAGAUACAGACAGAAGCUGCUCAGUUGCUUACAGGUUUGUGACAAGAACUGGAGACUUUUCAGAAAAGAAAAUAACCCAGCAUCCUACCUUUUCAUGGAAUUACAAAUAUAAUACAUUAACCAGACUGUUCUGUGGCUUUUUUUUUUUUAGUUCUUUUAAUGUUGUUACCAUUAAACUAAAUAUAUAAAAUUCUUGGUUUCUUCACAAAGAAGAAGGUAAAAGAAGUAACUGCCAUAUUGACCUAAGGGUGGUACUUGUAAAAAUUCCCAUGACUCUAGCAGAAAGAUUAUUUUGCAUUUGGAUCACCAAUGCAAAAUGGAAUGAAAUUUCUAAGUACUGAUUGCAUCAGGAUGAGAAGGUAUCAAGAAACAAAAGCUUUGUGGAAGAGGAAACAAAGCUUGUGGGAGUGGAUUUUCAAGUUGGAUUUGAUACAAAGUUGAUAUCUUGCAGAGAAUAUACAACAAAAGGUGAUUACGGUGUGGAUGGGUUCUUGGUUUUGUGGAUGGGUUCUUGGUUUGAAGGAUAGUAGUAAGUGAUGUGUCGUGGAGCCAGCCUGCACGAAGAAAGAGCUCAGGUCGGGAGAGGGCUGGAAGUGGGAUGGUUUCCAUUUGAAUGUGGUGCACUGAGUUUGUCACCAAACAGUCCAAAUUGUUUUGUGUAUUGAGAUGAAAGAAACACAAUUUAAGGAUGCAAUAGAAAUUAAGAUAAUUUAAGUAGAUCAGUGCUACUUGAGGCUGGCGUACAACCACUGCAAAAUCUUAAGCUUAUUAAAAAGGAGUCUCUUGAAUGCCUCGUAGAUAAAUCUGACUGUGUAGGUCAGUUUUUCUUCCUUUAUUCUGGAGUGCUUGGGAUUGAACCCAGGGCCUUGUGCAUGCUAGCCAAGCACUCUGCCACUGUGCUACCCUAGCCGUGUGGAUGCAUUUUUUCCCCAAAGGAUUUAAGAAUUAUGUUACAAUAAACUGUUUAUAUCCUCUAUCAUGUAUAUCUUCAAACAAAAAAUGAAAGUAAUGAGUUCUGUAUACCCAUCUCUGAGAUUGAACAAUUGUUGUAUUUUAUUUUGUGUAUAACCAUAUUUAAACUUUUGAAUUGCAUAUGUAUUUCACCACGUGUCCUCUGUCCUGAGGGUGUCUUCCAAAAAAAACAAAUAUGAAUCCAUUAUUACAACUGUAGCAUUACUGAUUAAUAGAUCAAGCCAUAUUCAAAUUUCCUCAAAUGUCCUAAAAUAUCCCACCCUUUUUUGAAGUAGGACCAAUCAGAUUGUGUUAUUGUAUUUGAUUUGCUGCUUAGUUGUUUUUAAUCUAGAAGAGUUCCUCCACUUUUUGCACAGCAUCUUUUGGAGACCAGCCCAGUUUGUCAUAGUGAUUGUCCCUCAUUCCAGACUGGGCUCUUACUUUUGAAAUCCAUUGUUCUACCAUUUUCAGACAGUCUAGUUAAUUUUUUGUAUGUCACAGUUGUACCUGAUUUUUACAUUCAUCACUGUGUUUCCCGGAAACCUCUUUUCAUUGGGCUUCCGUAUUUGUCAUUUUUUAAAUAUGCAUUCUUCUGUAGACUCUCUCAAAUUCUCUUCAUUUCUGAGAUAUUUCUGUCUUCACUUUUUUCAACAGCCAUUUCACAUCUUCAUGUUUGACCAGUUCUGAGUUCUAGAAUUUCUCAUUUGAAGUUUUUACAUGUCUGCAACUUACUCAUUUAUAUUAGAUAUUAGAGAAUUUUACUGUUUUUUUUCUUUUUUAUUCUCCACACUGGGGGAUUAAACACAGAGCCUCAUACCUGCUAAAUAAGCACUGUACCAGAGCUAUAUCCCUAGCGGCUUUCCUCAUUUUCAGUUUUCUCUAGAAUGACUUUGAACUUUGCUAGGAAUGUAGUUUUUUUGUUUUUGUUACCAAUAAAUCAGGAAACUAGGGGUUUAGGUGGUUCAAGAAUAAUCUUGGGCUGAGGAUGUAACUAAAUGUUUAGUGUGAACUUUGCACGCACAGAUCCCUGAGGUCAAUCCCACUGCACUCACAUAUGCACACACACACAACAUCUGGUAAUUUAUUUCUGUGAAACUUAUCUCAGUAAUAGAGCAUUUUGUGCAUGGGAGGUCUAUUUUUCUGAUACUUUAAUGAACUUUAUUUUUAACUAAAUCAAAUGAAAUUGUCAAAAAGGGUGUUGUGCUAACAUAUUAACUGCAGAAUACCUAACUAGUAACAGGCCUUAGAUUUUUGCCACUUUUAAAUGCUCUCACUUGUGUAUGUAGUUCUGAGCAGUUUUAUCACAUGUAGAUUUUUGUAACUGACACCAGUCUACAGGCCUGUUCCGUCACUGUGAAGAUCCAUAGCUCAGAGUUGCACCCGUAUACUUCCUCUCCUUCUGCCAUCCCUGCCUCUAUCAGCCCUUGAUCUUGUUCUCUUUGGAGAAAUGGUAUAUAUUUUUUUCACCCAGCAUAAUUCACUUUAGACUUGCCUAAGUUCUAUCAACAGUUUCUUUUAGUGUUAGCAAGUAUUUCAUUAUACAAAUAUAUUAGUUUAUUUAACCACUGAAUGGCAUUUAGUUGUCCACUUUUGGCUGUUAAAAAUAAAGCUGCUGGAUGUGGACACAUGCCUUAUAAUCCCAGCUGAGGCAAGAGGAUUGCCAGUUAAAAGUCUAGCCUAGGCAAGAAGCUAGCAAAAGCUUGUCUGAAAUGUGAAGGGGGGGAUGUAUCUCAGUGGUGAGAGCACUCAUCUAGCAUGUUCCAGGGUCUGGACUCCAUACCCACUAUUGGGAGGGAGGCAGGCUGCUGUGAGCACAUUCUAUUGAUUUUUAUGUCAACAUUAUCUUUAGGAUCCAUGGAUGUCUUUUUGGCUUGCCUGAGCCACAACUGGUAAAAGUAAUUGCUUUGGACCCCACGUAUAAUAUUAAUAUAAUUAUUAAGUAGUAAAACUUCCUUAUCCUUAAACUUUUAAAUAAUUGGGGUAUUGGGCCCCAUAUUUCAUGCUUAGAAAUGUGGUGCUGGGUCCUUUUAUUUUUGGGUACCGGGGAUCAAAGUCUGGACCUUGUGCUUGCAAGAGAAGUGGUGAAACUACUGAUCUAAAUCCCUGGCCCCCACUGGGUCCGUUUUUAGUGCCUGUCUCCCCACAACCCCAAGAGAUGUUUGAUCUCUAAGCUUUCCUUUUGACAUGAGCAUGAGACACUCUUGAGCAUGGGCCCUUGGAGCCCAUCACGUUUCUUCCGUCCUGUGCACUCUCCACCUAAGGAUGUUCUUUUGUGCUGUCCAGAGCUCACUGCUGGUCUGAGAGGUUCAUUUCCCCACACACUUGUAUUAAGAAUAUAAAGAGCUCUUGUCUUCUAAACAUAUUACGGACAUAGAUGAAUCAUUAACGAUGUGAAAAAAAAUCUGGAAAGUGGCCGUAAUCUUAUAUAAACCUGUAAACUGAGACAGGGUCUCUCUGUAGUUCAUAGUUGGGCUCACUAUGUAGUCUAGGCUGGCUUCAAACUCAAU